CAAGGCGGAAAUGUUACUGAUUAAAACUUCCUGAGAACAAAGGCAGUUUAACAAAAGGACACUUUAAUGUGCACAAAAAUAGAGACAAAGUAAAGCCUAACAAUAACGCAAAAAAAAAAUAUAGCGGAAGUGUAACAAAGGACGCCAUUAAUAACUGGUGUCAUUCGAUUCCGGAACAGUAAAACUGCAAAUUUAACGGCUCACCCAACUUUCAGCCAAACCAGCUGAGGCGGCAAUAAAAAGUGGCAGAAGACAAUUAAUUGUUUGUCAUAGUCGCCUGGUUUCCAAGGACUCUAAAGUAGCAUCAUUAUAAUCAGAGGCAGCAAUAACAGAAACAAUCUACCAAAAGUUGAAACAAUAACUCCAUUCAGCGUCUAUUGUUUAUAUUAAAAUAAUUGUUUCAACAAACUUUCACAGUUUAGUCGGCUUUUAAAUAGAGUAACAUGGCACAAUACGGUGGAGCGGCGAAUCCAUUUGGUGCACCUAGUGGUGGCGGCGGUGGUAGUUAUGAACAACAACAGCAAGGCUAUGGGGGUUAUGGGCAACAAACAGGUGGCUACGAUCAAGGUGGAGGUUAUAUGCAAGACACUGGUUAUGGACAAAACACAGCUGCUGGCUAUGGUGGCGGCAUGCCAUCUACUGGUGGUGCGCAAGCAUAUGCUGCACGACCACGUGUUGAUGUGGAGGCUAGUGGUGAAGUGGAUCCCACAUUAUACCCGGAAGCUAAGGAGUCAACGCACAAAAUUCGUGGACAUGCUGAUAUACUUGAAAAGUUUUUUGGUCCCACAGAGCAUGAACUCAUUCCUGUCAAAAGUUUUUAUUUUUUCUUUUAUGCUGCAUUUGGUUCACUAUUUCCUUUGAUGGGUGUUUAUUUCAAGCAAAUGGGCAUGAAUCCUGGUCAGUGCGGUAUUCUAAUUGGUAUGCGUCCAUUUGUAGAAUUUUUAUCAGCCCCAUUUUGGGGCUCAUAUGCGGAUAGAUGUCGACAAGGAAAGAAGUUGUUAUUGGCUUCUCUAGCAUCCUGGGUACUGUUUACUAUACCACUAAGUUUUAUCAGACCAGAAGCGGUGAAAUGCAUUGAACGCGUAAAUGAAACGGAUUUUGUACUCACAUAUACACGAACUAAACGAGAUCUUUCUGCUUUCGAAAUGGUAGAUUUCAAUGAUGAGAAUGUAGACAAUUUCUACAAAAAUGCAAUACUUCUUCCACUUGGUACAAUGCCAGCCGAUGAAGCUAUUGAGGAAUCGCAUAGUAGACGCAAACGCUCGAUUUUACCUCGUCUAGAUGCCGGUAUUUCUCCAAUUCAUAUAACAUUUGCCAGCAAUUACGACGAAAAGCAACAUCGAGAUUACGUUACUCCAAUAUUUUCAUCAAUGGUUUAUCGCACACCAGAUAUUCAAAAGGCUUUCUUUCUUUUACUCUUGGUUAUAUUGAUUGGAGAGUUCUUUAGUGCGCCGGCCAUAACGUUAGCUGAUUCUGCUGUCAUAACGCUACUAGGUGAAGAUGCUGAUAAAUAUGGUCAUCAACGUAUGUUUGGAUCCUUAGGCUGGGGUAUAUCAAUGUUUAUUGUUGGUAUAGCGUUGGAUCACUCUACAUCAUUUUCACAUCAUCCUUGUGGUGCUGGGCAUAUGGAAAAGAACUAUAAUAUUUGCUUUCUUAUAUUUACCGUCCUUAUGGUUUGUGCCUAUAUAUCGGCUGCUAAAAUCACAUUUAAAUACGAUCCACUCGAUUUGGUUGAAAAACCCGCUGAAGAUAUAAUUGAUCCUAAUAAAAAAGCUGAAGAGGAAUCAAUGAACCAAUUAGCAGCACAAUUAAAUCUGCCAUCAUUAGCAGUUGGCAGUGGCAGUACUGGUACUGGUGGUGGAGGUGCUAGUUUUUUAAAACCACCUACUGCUGGUCAAUCGGAUAUAGGUGCAGAGUCCAAAAUAUUUGCACAAACUACGAAAGAAAUGCCAGAAUGGAUGACUGUAUUAAUGCAUUUCAGGGAUUUGAAAACAGCGUCAUUUUUAUUUGUUGCCUGGUUUAUGGGAUUUGGUAUUGGUUUAAUAUUCACAUUCCUCUUUUGGCAUUUACAAGAUUUUGGUGGCACUCCCACUUUGUUUGGUAUUGCAUCGGUUAUAAAUCACGUGUCAGAAAUUUUUGCAUAUUUCUUCAGUUUUCGUUUGAUACAACAAGUUGGACACAUAAAAGUCUUGUGUUUGGGUUUAAUGGCCAAUGUUUUGCGUUUUCUGUAUAUUUCGUACACAACAAAUCCAUGGAUGGUAUUACCAUUUGAGUUAAUGCAAGGAAUAACGCAUGCUGCGGUUUGGGCUGCUGCUUGUUCAUAUAUAGCCCACAACACACCUAAACAUUUGAGAUCUUCAUCACAAGGUGUUUUGCAGGGUAUUCAUCAUGGUUUGGGCCGAGGCUGUGGUGCCAUUAUUGGCGGUAUGUUUGUGACAUAUUACGGUACAACAGCUACAUUCCGUUGGUACGGUAUUUGCUGUUUAUUUGUGCUCGGGUUCUUCAUAUUUGUUAAUUUCUAUCGGAAGGAGCAAGGAUUUAUAUCGGAGCUGCCUCAAACUGAGGACCCACAUCAAGUGGCUGAGGAAACUUCACAUUUGGCACCACAUGGAGUACCUAGCAAUCCUAUUCCUCGCGCGCUCUCAAAUACACGCCUCAACGAAAUGAAUCCGAAUGGUGGUACAGGAAAUACUUAUGGUACUUAUCAAACUACUGGUGGUAAUUUGGACAUUCCUGGCGGUAACGUACAUAAUCCAUUUGCGCAGUAAGCUGAAUACUUGCGCUAAGUACAGAUAAACUUGGUUUUAAAAAUACAAAAUUGUAAGUUUCGAGAUGUUUAGUCUAUAGGUAUGUUGGGUUAUUUCAUAUAUUGUGAGUUUCUUGAUUAUUAAGAAGGAGUAUGGUUAAGUGAAUUAUUGGAAAUGAUACAUAUAUUUGUAAGCUAAUUGUGGUAAUAUAUUCUUUCAUUUUCAGUUUGCUUAAACUUUAGUAUAAUUAAUAAAUAUUUAUGCUAGA